AUGGGUCAGAUUCAAAGCGAUGAAGGUGAAGAAGUGAGGCUCGCAGAUAUCCAGCCUCUUUACAUUGUGUUCAUGAGAGAGUGCCCGAGCGGAGCUCUGCAUCUUCACGAGUUCCGCAAAAUCUUUGGGAUUCAAAGCACAUCGGAGGACGAAGCGAUGUUCAUCGAAACAAUAUUCAGAUCCUUCGACACAAACAAGGAUGAUGUCAUAGACUUUAUGGAAUUCGUAGCAGCUGUCCAUCUGGUACUGAGAGGAAAACUAGAGGACAGAUUGAGGUGGUUUUUUAAAGUGUAUGACAGAGAUGAAAAUGGAAAGUUGGACAAACAAGAGGUCAAGCAUAUUAUAAAGAUUAUUUGUCAACUCAAGAGAAAGACACUUGAAAUGACACACCAUGAAAUUUGUGACAGGAUAUUUGAGCUUAUAGAUGAAAACAAAGAUGGUCAGAUAUCCCUGUCAGAGUUCUUGGAAGGUGUGCAAAAAGAUGCCUGGAUUAUGGACAUUCUAAAACUGGACAUUAAUGCAACUGGAUGGUUCAAUGAAAACUGUGGGAAAACAACAUGA